CUCACUUUCUGUUCCAGAGCUUUUCACAUUAAACACAGUUUCACAGCAGAGAUCUUUCUGAUCACUUCUUGUCUUGACUUUAGUGACUGUCAGUGAAAUGCAGAGCUGUAUCUUAGUGUCAGAAAUAAACACUCAGUUCAGAUCAGAGGAAGUUCACAACCACAGGAGGAGCUGAUGAUGAUUAAAGGAGGAGCUGUAACUAUAUAAUGAAGAGAGAGACUGACAGAAACAGAAAAUGGCUGAUAAGUGUGAUCUGUGUCUGCUGGGACUGAUCAUUCUCUCUUCACUUCUCACAGGUACCAGUAGAGUGGAUGAUGUUCAUGUGUUCAUCGGUUCUGGUGAAAAUGUCCGUCUGUCCUGUAAAAAUGCUCUUUCUGACUGCAAAUCAACUACAUGGACCUACAGUAGACGUUCAGCAGCAGUUGAACUGAUUGGUAAAGGGAUAAAGAAGACAAACACAGAGAGACAUGAGAGACUGAGUCUGGGGUCUGACUGCUCUCUGAACAUCAAGAACAUCACAGAAGAAGAUUAUGGAUUUUACAGCUGCAGACAAUAUGUGAAUGACAAACAACAAGGAACUGAUGAACGUGUUUAUCUGCAUGUUCUUCAUGUUUCAGUGUCUCCAUCAUCAUCAUCAUCAUCAUCAUCCUCACAGACUGAGAUCAGUCCAGGUCGCUCUGUGACUCUCUCCUGUCAGUUGUAUUCAUAUACUGGAUUCUCCUGUUAUUAUCGGGUUCGUUAUGAGGGACUUCAGCUGUUGUGGGUGAAUCAGACUGGUGUUGAUCUGAGGACAGACUCCAGAUAUCAGAUAUUAUUCUCAUCAGAUCACUGUAUCAUCACUCUGACUACAACACUCCUGAAUGAAGAUGACAACAGAGAGUGGAGAUGUCAGCUUACUCUCAGAAAUCAACUCCAGACCUCAGUCAGAUACACUGUCAAGUAUUCAGGUACCAGUGGAGUGGAUGAUGAUCAUGUGUUCAUCAGUUCUGGUGAAAAUGUCCGUCUGUCCUGUAAUAAUGAUCUUUCUGACUGCAACUCAACUACAUGGAUCUAUAACAGUUUCAGACAUUCAGCAGCAGUUUCACUGAUUGAAUUAGGGAUAAAGAAGAAAGACACAGAGAGACAUGAGAGACUGAGUCUGGGGUCUGACUGCUCUCUGAACAUCAAGAACGUCACAGAAGAAGAUUAUGGAUCUUACACCUGCAAACAAUAUGUGAAUGACAAACAACAAGGAACUGAUGCACGUGUUUAUCUGCAUGUUCUUCAUGUUUCAGUGUCUCCAUCAUCAUCAUCAUCAUCAUCAUCAUCCUCACAGACUGAGAUCAGUCCAGGUCGCUCUGUGACUCUCUCCUGUCAGUUGUAUUCAUAUGAAUUCUCCUGUGAUGAUUUGGUCCGUUAUGAGGGUCUUCAGCUGUCGUGGGUGAAUCAGGCUGGUGUUGAUCUGACGACAGACUCCAGAUAUCAGAUAUUAUUCUCAUCAGAUCACUGUAUCAUCACUCUGACUACAACACUCCUGAAUGAAGAUGACAACAGAGAGUGGAGAUGUCAGCUUACUCUCAGAAAUCAACUCCAGACCUCAGUCAGAUACACUGUCAAGAGUUCAGAUGAAGCAUCUGAACAUUCAUCUUCUGAUUCAACAACACUGAUUCCAGUCAGCAGCUCAAACUCUGAGAAGAAAUCAAGCCAAACUACAGCAGCAGCUCCUACACAAGUUUGUACAGAGAAUCAGAAGUCAUUAAAUACUCCAAACUCUGAGAGGACAGCAGCUGCACAAACACCUGGAUUUACUGAACAACAAGCAUCAACUACAGCAACACUGAAUCCAGAUGUCACACCAAACUCUCUGAAUCAAGUGAUUGUGAUUGUGAUUGUUGUCGCUUCAUUCGCUGUUCUCCUUCCUGCUCUUAUUCUCUGGAUGAUUCGCAGAAAAAGAGUCGAUAACAGAAGAGGAACUGAUGACUCUGAGGAGCAGACAGAUGAUCAUGUGACUUAUUCUGAGGUCACUGCAUACAGUAAAAACCGAGACAAAGAGUACAAGGUUCGCUGUGAUGAUAAAGUGACUUAUGCUUCCAUCAGAGGAGCAAAAGCUGGAUCUCAGGAAAACUGCAGUGAACUUUAUGCCUCUGUGAACAAGAACAUCACAAAUCAGUCAAAUAAUUACACAAAAACCACAUGAGCAGAAGAAUAUGAAUCUAAUAUAACUGAGUCCUGAUGGUGUCAUUCAGUGCCAUUAUAAAUACUUUCAAUGUCUUUUACAUGUUAACAAACAAACCCAAGUGAUGCUCUGAUUUAUUUGUAGUUAUUGGUUAUUUUUCUCAGUUCAGCAUGUUUUUUGUAUAGUUUCUGUCUGCUUGUUGAUCAGUUAAUGCUAGUGUCUUUAUUAUUAAUUCAGAGCUGCAGGUUUGUACAAAGUCUAGAAAAUGAGGACACUUUUACUCUCUUACAUCAUUCUCAUUAAAUCAUGUAUUUUCUCCAGCAGUUAAUUAACUGUCAGCUUGCACUAAUUAUGAGAACAGACAAAGCUUGAUGAUAAGCGUUUAUCACAAUAUGACAGGAAUGAUAAUUUGGUGUUUGAACCAUUUGAGCAGCUGCUUUCAGCAACGCUUUUGGAUACAAUUUUUAUGUCAGUAACUUGUGUCUGUGUUCUACUUGUUAACAGUCACCAAAUGUUUUUACAAGCAAUGUUAGAGUCACAAUAAUGAUUGAAACAUUAGAAGUCAAAUGUUACAUCUGCCCCCACAUGCGGGCAAUUGUAACAACACAUGUAAUACCUUCAAUAGUUAAGACUAUUUAAUAUCCAUUACAUCCAUAUUAUCCAGAAC